GUGUGAAUUCAACCACCAAAAACAUACCUCUACGAUCACCCUCCUUGUCUCUUUCCACCCACCCUCUCCCUAAAAUUCCCUCUCUCUCUCUCUCUCACCCCCUCACUCAACCAUGCCCAACUCCGCCUGCUUUCCCGCCCUCCUCCGCCGCCUCCUUUGCUCCGGCAACCUCCCCACUCACCCAUCUGAAGCUCUCAACGAACCCAACUCCCAGCCUAAACUCGUGCCUCCAGCGUCCGAGCCCGGCCCGGGCGUGGUGGCUCGCCUGAUGGGUUUGAGUUCGCUUCCAGACGCCAAUUGGGUUCCUACCAAUCGUGCCCCAGGUGCGGUUUCGAGGAGCAAGUCCGUGAAUUUCGCGGAUUAUUUACUCCAUUUUGACUCUAACCAAGCCCACCACCGCCGAAUCCGAACCUCGGCUUCGUUCCGGGAGGUCCCGCCGUUGAACCCACAGAACGAAUUCUUUGUUCUUUACACGAAGGAUUAUUUCGACGGCUACGCUGUGGAAAUUGAAUCCAGUUUGAAGAAACUCGAAACGCAGCGUUUUGGCGAAGAGAAACAGGGGAAGGAACAGAGCAGGAGUAAUGAUAUGAAGACGAAGAAGAAGAAGAACAAUGAAUCGAAGAUUUCGAAGCUUAAAGAUGAGCCACGAAGGGAAAUUGGUAAGAAUUUCACCAACAGUAAAAAAUGCAGCACGAGUAAAGAUUCAUUCUCUGUUUUACCUUCGGGUAAAUACAAAGACAAACAGAAUGUUCCCAAAAAUGGCCAUACUGUGAAUUCGAAGAAGCCAGUGAAGCAACAGGAAUCCGCCAUUGAAACGGAGCUCAACAAGAACAUUAAGAAGAAGGAGAAGAAGAAGAAGAAUGUUAGCCGACAUGUCGGACAGAAAUCGAAGCCCGAAUCCGACCAGGAAAACUCCAGUCCAGUGUCGGUUCUCGAUGUCCAAGGAAUCUAUUUCUCAGACGAAAUGGAGGAAACUGAUGUGAAGGGCGGAGACGCCGCCGGCCGGAGCGAGAAACUAGUGGAAAGAAUCUGCAGAUUGGCGGAGGAAGAUAUAAAAGAGGCAACGUGGAGGAUUAAGAAGGUGGAUGUGGAAGAAUUAUGCAUGGAGGUGGAACGACAUGUCGUCAAUGUGUUGUUGGAUGAGAGCCUAGAGGAGUUAGUGUUGUUGUAGUUGCAGACUUACAGUGGAAUUCCUUAACAAUGACAAAAACAUCUGUAAUCUGUACAUAAGCUCAGCUAGAUGCCUUCAUGUCGGAAAUGUUUGGGACUUUUAGUGGAGAAAUUAAUUCAAAAAGAUAUAAUUGAUUGCA